AUCCCGGUCAAUAUAAGUCUAAUGAAAAUAACAGUGAAUCAUUCAAAACUUUCACGAAAGUUGUUUUUAAGCUACUAAUAGCGUUUUUGAUGAAAACAUUAACUGGAGCCCAAAACGUUGCAUAAGAUUAUAUAAACUGUUGUUUGAAUAUGGAUAUUUUUUAAUGGUUUUCCUCGUUACUGUGCGAAUCAUCGUGUGAGUCUGACGCCUUUGUUGAACGCGGCAAAACAAAAAUGGAAAUAUCUACUGACAAACCUUUAAUCAGUAUGAUCCUAUUUGUGCUCAAAUUGUGCGCGUGUAUUGUGCUGUGUCUAGGACUAACUCAAGGCGUUAUUAAAGUCCCGCAAUAUCGAAUCCGUGAGUCGACGACAAAUUUUUCAAUAGAGUUAUUAUAUGCGGCAAAACAACAAGGGGAGCAGAACUUUGUCUUGUCUCCGGUCGCAGCGUGGACAAUGUUGGCCGUGACUGCCGAAGGCGCGUUGGGCAAGACCCGCCAGGAGCUGCUCGUCGCCUUGCGGUUCCUCCCUAAACAGGCGAUUGAGCUGGUCAGGUUCUACUACCAAGAAAUCACGCGGCAGCUUAUCGUCGACAAAACUACUGCCGAAUAUAAGAAUUUCAGCGGAAUAUUCAUUCACAGGGGUGAUUGGUUUGGAAUAGAGGAUAGCUUCCGUCAAAUCGCGGAGGAAUACUAUAAUACAGAAGCAGUUGACUUAAACUUCGAAAACAAAGCAACAGCGGCCACCGUCAACCGAGCAGUGUCUUUGACUACCGAAGACAGAAUUCCCACAAUCAUUGAUGAAAGCCAUUUGAAUAAUACUGAACUGAUUAUCACCAGUGCUGUUUAUUUUCAAGGGAAAUGGACUGCACCAUUUAAUGAUUCUACAGUUAAAAGAGAUUUCUUUAACAACGUUGGAGAAAAGAUAGGCGAAGUUAACAUGAUGUAUAGUAGAUACACAUACCCGUAUGCGAACAUUAGUGGACUUCAAGCAAGUGUGAUCGAGUUGCCUUAUGGUGUUGACAACCAUAUGUCUAUGAUAUUAAUGCUGCCAAACCCUGGUAUCACUCUACAAAAUAUCAUCGUAAACUUCCUUCAAAUAAACUUUAAUACAGUGUUUCAGGAACUAAGAGUCUCUAAAGAGCGUGCUGUUGAAAUAGAAUGUUACAUCCCACGAUUCAGAAUUGUUUCAAAUUUUGAAUUAAAUGAAAUUUUGAAACACAGCAUGGGAAUACACGACCUUUUUGUCCCCGAGAAAGCCUACAUGGGUGUCUUAUCCUACCGCUGGCCAAUUCGUGGUGUAAAAGUCAUACAUAAAUCAGAAAUCGAUGUUACUGAAGAAGUUGCUGCGCCAAUCUCGUCCGGAAGUAAAACUUCAGAAUUUACAAAUGACAAUACUAUUUUUACAUUUGAAGCCAACAGGCCUUUUAUUUAUUUUGUUGUGGAAAAACACACGAAUACUAUUGUAUUGGAAGGAGUUUACCAAUACCCUAUUUUAUAUUGAGUUGUGAAUAGAAAAGAGUAUCAAAAGAUCGAAAUCGUAUUUUUGUAUUGUAAGAUGUUUAAUGACUAGACCAGGUAAUUUUAAGUAAUUGAGACCAGUUAAUAUUUUUUUUAGUUUUGUAAUAAUUAUAUGCUCUACGAAUACAAAUUCAAGUUUACAUUUUUUUGGUCAUUUUUAUACCUAUCAGAUAUCGGGGUAUAUCCGUGUAGCUCGGGGUUCCCCAGCUUUUAUACAUUUAUGGAAUUUCGAAUGAAUCAACCGCCCAAUAUUGUUUUUUUAUUAAAAUUCGACAUUAAGUCUCGAACAUUUCUUUAGCCAGUUCUUGACGGAGGUUUGUGUGUACCGAUACCUUUCAAAUAAUUAUUAAAAUGUUAAACACUGUUGCACAAAUUAGUGUUUAUUUUGUGUGUGCCUUUCCUUAUGCUUCAGUUGCCACGUUAAAAAGAGAUUAGAACAAAUGCCAGAGAAGACAACAUGCUGAACAAGAUCUGUGGCUCCUACCCCGCGGGCUUAGACACGUGUCCCGUAGCCGGGAGCCCAUUAAUGGUGCAUAGCACAUUACGGGACCGGGGUCGAUUCGUCCAGUACGGGGUCGAAUCGUACGGACCGAAGCUCUGCGGGGUGAACUUACUGCCCGAAAUAUACACGGAUGUUACUAAGUAUAUGACGUGGAUACUGGAUACAAUAAGACCUUGAGGUGAACACCGAUGAAGAAAAAACGUAGGCGGUUGGACAUCAUCAUCGAUAAUUUAAGAGUUGGACUCUUGUUGGUGGAACAACUUCCAUGAGGGCCGGUCUUCUGCCUUCCUUUUGACUUCCUGAUACGAGACGACGUUGAUUUUUUGCUUUUUUUGGGUCAUAUGACCCAAAUAAAGGCGGUUGGACAGUGUGUUUUAAAUAAAAUACAAGUACUGUUUUA